AUGCCGAAUGAAACGACCCUGUUGAUCGAGGUCGGAGCUGCGCUGGGCGUCGUCGCUCUCGCCUCAGUUCCGGCUCUCGUAGGGCUUGUCAAGCAACUUCGAACCCGCAAACCCAAGGAUAACUUUUACGAGGACAAGGAUGGAAAGAGCACCGCCGAGUCUUCGGCCGCCUUCUCCAACCGCUGGCCCAAAACCUUCAUCUUCCUGUUCGGCUUCCUGGGGCUGGCUGUGUCGAUAGCCAACUCCACACUGGCUACGCUCUCACUUGACACUGGCAAGUUCGACAGUCUGUUCGUUGCGGAAUGGCUUGCGACCGGUAUUUGGGCUCUAUUGGCUCUUCAGGCCGUGGGCAUCGCCGCAACUAACGACUCCGUCCACGCUUAUAACCUGGGCAUUUCGGUGUGGUUCUCCGGCUUAGUCUUCGCCGCUAUCCAGAUUCUUCAGAACACGGCGGUUUUCGAGCAUCUCCUGAAGAACGACCCCGCCUCGUUCGGUCUCAAAAUCGCAAGUCUAGUCCUUACCUUCGGCCUUGUGAUAACCGGCGUUGCUUUGCCCAGAAGACCUGAUGUCUACUUUGAAGGCAAGGUCGUGGACCGCCUCAGGACGGUACCCGCUUACACCCGCUUUACUUGGGGCUGGUGUAGCGAGAUCAUUGAUCUGGCCACCAAGAAGAAGGAUCUCGAUGCGUCCGACCUCCCUAAGCCCGACCAUUGGACCAGAUCUGAGGACUCGGCUGCGGCGUGGAAGUCGUACAACUUCAAGUCCGACUUGAACCUGUGGUGGGCCAUCGUCUGGGCCUACCGUGUGCCUUUGUUCGUGCAAUGGUCCAUCGCCAUCUCCAAGGCAUUCUUGAGCUUCGCCCCUUCGUGGAUCACUCUGCAGAUCCUCGAGGCCCUCCAGCGUAGACACCCCGGCGACGAGCUCCCCUUCGACAUCUGGAUCCUGGUAUUCUGGCUCGGCCUCGCCAUCUUGGCCGACGCUUGGGCUGAGGCGACCAUGUUCUGGCUGUCGUGGGCCGAGCUGUGCAUCCCCCUCCGCGGCGCCCUGUCUGCUCUUAUCUUUGAGAAGUCCAUGCGCAGGAAGAACGUCAAGGCAGCCUCCAAGCAGGAAGCCGAGCCGAAGGAGGAAGAGGCCAACGGAAAGGACGACAAGAAGUCCAAGGACGACGAAGAGGAAGAGGCCGAGGACGACAGCGUCCUCAAGUCGAAGCAGGCCAUCAUCAACCUGCUCGGCGUUGACGCCAAGCGCAUCUCUGACUUCUCUGCCUUCCAGUUCCUUUUCCCCUCCAGCACUGCCAAGUUGAUCGUUGCCAUCUGGUUUCUCGUCUACCUGCUCGGCUGGGGUCCCCUCUGUGCCGGACUUCUCGCGUGGGGCAUCCUUCUCCCCAUCAACUUCACGUACGCCAAGGUCUACUCCAAGGCGCAGGACAAGUUGAUGAAGAUCCGUGACCAGAAGCUUGCCGUUGUGAACGAGGCUCUUGUGGGUAUGCGCCAGAUCAAGUUCUCCGCGCUUGAGCCCCAGUGGGAGAAGCGAAUUCUCGACAUGCGCGAGAAGGAGCUUGGCGCGCUAUGGCAGGUCUUCAAGGGCGACACUGUGCUUUUUGGCAUGUGGAUCACCAGUCCUAUCGUCUUGGCCGCUGUCUCCCUCGCCGUUUAUUCCUUCAUCAACGGCACCUUGAUCCCGUCGGUUGCUUUUGUCAGUAUCGGUGUCUUCAAGAACCUCGAGGUCACCCUGGCCGUCAUCCCCGAGCUCAUCACCGACGUCAUCGACGCCAACAUCUCCGUGAAGAGAAUUCAGGACUACCUGAACGGACCCGAGAAGACCAAGACCGUCACGGAUGGUCCCGAUGUCGCUUUCGAGAACGCCACCGUCGCCUGGCCCGUUGACGAGGAAACCAAGGAGGAGGACAGGUUCAUUCUGCGCAACGUCAACGUCACCUUCCCCGCUGGUGAGCUGUCCGUCAUUUCUGGCAAGACUGGCACAGGCAAGAGUUUGUUGCUGGCAGCUAUUCUCGGAGAGUCCGAUCUCCUGUCCGGCAAGAUCUACGCACCCAAGCCUCCCGCGAUCCACGAGCGGAACGACGACAAGGCCAACCGUGGCAACUGGAUCAUCCCCAGCAGCAUCUCGUUCGUCGGCCAGAUCCCCUGGAUUGAGAACGCUACCUUGAAGAGCAACAUCCUCUUCGGUCUUCCCCUUGACGAGGAGCGCUACAACAAAACCAUCGAGGUCUGCGCCCUCAAGAAGGAUCUGGAAAUGCUCACCGACGGCGACAAGACCGAGCUGGGAGCCAACGGUAUCAACCUCAGCGGUGGUCAGAAGUGGCGUCUCACCCUCGCCCGGGCCAUUUACUCGCGCGCCGGCAUCCUCGUCCUCGACGACAUCUUCAGCGCCGUCGACGCCCACGUCGGCCGCCACAUUUACGAGAAGUGCCUUACUGGCGAGCUUUGCCAGGGCCGAACCCGCAUUCUGGUCACCCACCACGUUGCGCUCUGCGAGCCCAAGACCAAGUUCCUCGUUGAGCUCGGCGACGGCACAGUCCAACACUCUGGUUUCAUGUCCGAGCUUACCGAGGAUGGAACGCUGCAGCUGAUCAAGAGCCACGAGCAGUCCUCCCAGGAGACUGCUGAUGAGGAUGCUACUGCUGUCAACUCGGAGCAGGCAUCUGACAUUGAGGCUCCCGAAGUCGCUGAGCUCAACGGAGAUGGUGGCGUCCUGAAGAAGAUUCCGUCAAAGGCUGCCCGUCAGUUCGUCGAGGAUGAGGCUCGUGAAAAGGGUUCCAUCAAGAAGCACGUCUACGCUGCGUACCUGAGCCAGAGUGGUGGCUGGCCCUGGUGGGGCUUUGGUUUCGCCCUCUUUGUCAUCUACCAGUUCGUUGUCAUUGGACGAUCAUGGUGGCUUCGUAUCUGGACCGGUCAGUCCGAGGAAUCCAUCAGCGCCUCCUCUUAUCAGGAAUCCCAGCAUCAAUACGCCUACGCCCUCACUCUCCAGCAUAGCGAACUCCACGUACCGUCCAGCACCGUCAACAUCACCAUGGACAAGAACACUUUGUUCUACCUGAGUGUUUACGUCGGCAUCUCCGCCUUCUCCGCCAUCCUCGGCACCGGUCGCUUCUUCUACUUCUUCGUCAUGAGCUACAAGGCCAGUCGCAGCAUGUUCGAGGGCAUCACCCGCACCGUCCUCCGCACCCCGCUCCGCUGGCUCGACACCGUCCCCACCGGCCGAGUCCUCAACCGCUUCACCGCGGACUUCAACGUCAUUGACAACCGCCUCGGUAUGGAUCUCUCGGGCGUCUUCGGUGCCAUCCUCAGCGUCCUCGGAAUCUGCAUCACCGCCUUCUACGUCUCCCCGCUCAUCAUUCCGCUGGCCUGUGUCCUACUGCUCAUCGCCGUCUGGAUCGCCAUGCGCUACCUCGCCGGCGCCAGACCCGCCAAGCGCCUUGAGAGCACGACCAAGUCGCCCAUCUUCGACCUCUUCGGCUCCACGCUCGUCGGCAUGAUGACCAUCCGCGGCGCUGACAAGGCCCAGGUCUACAUCGACUCCAUGUACUCCCGCCUUGACGACUACGGCAUGGCCUCCUGGCACCUGUGGCUGUUCAACCGCUGGAUGGGCUGGCGCAUGUCCCUCAUCGGUGCCCUGUUCUCCACGGCCGUCGGCUUCGUCGUCCUCGGCAGCCCCUCCAUGGACGCCGCGCUCGCCGGUUUCACCCUCUCCUUCGCGCUCGAGUUCUCGCAAGCCAUCGUCUGGUCCAUCCGCCACUACGCCAACAUUGAGCUCGACAUGAACGCCGCAGAGCGCGUCGUCGAGUACUCGGACCUCAAGACCGAAGACCAGGGCGGCAUCGAGCCCCCCGCGACGUGGCCCACCGAGGGCCGUCUGGAGGUCAAGGACCUUGUGGUCAGCUACGCCGAGGACCUCUCUCCCGUCCUCAAGGGCCUGUCCUUUAGCGUCAACCGGAACGAGCGCGUCGGCGUCGUCGGCCGCACGGGCGCCGGCAAGUCCUCGCUGACCCUCGCCCUCUUCCGCUUCCUCGAGGCCCGCUCGGGAAGCAUCCACGUCGACGGCCUCGACAUCUCCAAGGUCAAGCUCCACGAGCUGCGCUCCCGCCUCGCCAUCAUCCCGCAGGACCCCGUCCUCUUCUCCGGCACCGUGCGCUCCAACCUUGACCCCUUUGACAACCAGACCGACGCCGAUCUCCGCGACUCUCUGCAGCGCGUGCACCUGGUGGAGUCGAGCCCGUCGACGCCCGGCGAGCCGUCCAGCUCCGCCGCCGCCAACGACACCAGCGAGACGCCCUCGCUCGACGCGACGCAGAAGAACACCAACGUCUUCCGCAGCCUCAACUCCCCCAUCUCCGAGGGCGGCGGGAACCUCUCGCAGGGCCAGCGCCAGCUGCUCUGCCUCGCGCGCGCCAUCGUCUCGCGGCCCAAGGUCAUGGUCCUCGACGAGGCGACGUCGGCCGUCGACAUGGCGACCGACGCGCUGAUUCAGCGGUCCAUCCGCGAGGAGUUCAACGACUCGACGCUCAUCGUCAUCGCCCACCGCCUGAGCACAAUUGCCGACUUUGACCGCAUCCUGGUCCUCAGCGACGGCGCCGUCGCCGAGUACGGCAGCCCCCAAGAGCUGUGGGAGAAGGACGGCGGCGUCUUCAGGGGCAUGUGCGAGGAGAGCGGCGAGAAGGAGAAGCUCAAGAACAUCAUCUUUGGUUAG